CUCUGGUGAACAACUACCCGAGGAGAAUCCACUGCCGACCCACGAGGAAGUGGUGCAGAGUGUCAAAAUGAAAAAUCCCCCCCUCCCCAUAUCGAAACGAAGUUUCUGAUGCUGGAUUUGCGUACACGAAUCAGGUCUGUCGUGCUGGAGAGGACUGCAGGCAUAUGCCAAGCCUGUGUCGAGAGGUUUUGACGUAGGGGACUAGCAUGGCAGAUGUCGGCUCUGUAAGCCCAACAGCAUCACAAACCGCCGGCAUAAUGCGGCGGACUCUCUGGCUUUGCCUUCCCGCAAGACAGACAGGAUUUGUGGCCUCAAAUCUGCGUCACAAAUUUUCAGACGAAUGCGUUUUCAAUAUGGGGAGGGGGGAUUUUUCCUCACAAUACAGAGUGUCAAGCACUACACGGACGACUUUUUGUUGGAAGAGAAAAUCGAGCGGUUGCAGGCGGUUACGUUCCUGAUGCAGCUGAAGCAAACGCAAUUACUGCAGCA